AUGGAAGAUAACCAGAUAACUCUGGUCAACCUUGAGAAAGGCUUGGACAACCCAGCUUUCAGCUCCCAGGGGGAGGAGGGGCUCCGUGAAGAACCUGAUGAUCCAUAUGGGAAGACCAAGGAGGAGAGGGGAAGAGAAGGGAAAGGCAGAUACUCCUCUUACUGGAGGAAGGCCGUGCACCCGGCAUCCAAGGCAAAGCAUUUCUGUAAGGCUCAUGCCAAGGCAAUACGGAAGGUCAUCUUGGGAGUCCUUUGUGUAGCCUACCUGUGCUACUUUGCUGCAGCCUGUUGGCUCAACUUCCAGCGAGCCCUCGCCUUGGUUGUUAUGACUGCUCUGGUUGUCUUCUUCAUGUGCUGGAGUCUCUUCCAGAAGCACUGUGGGGCAAAGGUAUUGCAGCUCCUCAGACCCUGUCGGAAAUGCUUCCAAAAGUCCUGGCCGUGGCUGAAAUGGCUGCUGUGUGUGGUCCUCCUGGGCGGUCUGGUUGCAUGGCUGGUUUUGGACACCUCCAGAAAUCCGGAACAGCUUGUCUCAUUUGCUGGUCUCUGCUUUUUGGUUCUGUUCCUGUUUGCCUGCUCAAAGCACCACAGCGCAGUGUCCUGGAGAGCAGUUUUCUGGGGCCUUGUCCUGGAAUUUUUACUUGGGCUCUUCAUCCUCCGAACAACCCCUGGCAUCCAAGCAUUCCAGUGGCUGGGUGACCAGAUCCAGUUCUUCCUGAAUUACACUACAGCUGGCUCCAGCUUCGUCUUUGGGAACACGCUCAUUGGAGAAAUCUUUGCCUUUCAGACUCUGCCCAUCAUUGUUUUCUUCAGCUGUGUCAUGUCCAUCCUCUACUACCUCGGCAUCAUGCAGUGGCUCAUUCUCAAGAUCUCCUGGGUGCUUCAGGUCUCGAUGGGUACCACUGCCACUGAGACCCUGAGUGUGGCAGGAAACAUUUUUGUGGGACAGACUGAAUCCCCGCUGCUCAUCCGCCCAUACCUUGCAGACAUGACGAGUUCGGAAAUCCAUGCUGUGAUGACUGGUGGCUUUUCCACCAUAGCAGGCAGUGUGAUGGGAGCCUACAUUUCUUUUGGGAUAGACGCAGCGUCGCUGAUUGCAGCCUCCGUGAUGGCUGCACCCUGCGCUCUCGCCAUGUCCAAACUUGUCUACCCUGAAGUUGAAGAGUCCAAGUUCAAGGGCAAAGAAAACAUCCGCCUUUCCUGUGGGGAGGAGCGGAACAUCCUGGAAGCUGCUGGCAAUGGGGCUGCUGCCUCCGUGGGGCUUGUGGCUAACAUCGCAGCCAACCUCAUUGCUUUCUUGGCAGUGCUGGAGUUUAUCAAUGCCACAUUGCGCUGGUUUGGGGAGAUGGUGGACAUCGAGGGGCUCUCCUUCCAGGUGAUCUGCUCCUAUGUCCUCAUGCCAGUGGCCUUUCUCAUGGGGGCAGACUGGGCAGACUCGCCGCUGGUGGCUGAGCUCUUGGGGAUCAAGAUCUUCUUGAACGAGUUUGUGGCAUACCAGCAGCUGGCCACGUACAAGAAGAACCGACUGUCAGGCCUGGAAGAGUGGGAUGGGACCCGGAAGCAAUGGAUAUCUGAGCGAGCUGAGAGCAUCACCACCUUUGCACUCUGUGGAUUUGCCAACCUCAGCUCCAUCGGGAUCAUGCUGGGAGGCCUGACCUCCAUGGUACCCCAGCGCAAGGGUGACUUUGCCUCCAUAGUGCUGCGAGCCCUGCUCACCGGCAUCUGCGUCUCCAUGCUCAACGCUUGCCUAGCAGGCCUCCUUUACGUGCCAACAGAGAUGAGUGACUGCGUGACGUUCCUCAGCAACACCAACUUCAGCUCCACCAGCUAUGCCAUAUACACAUGCUGCAAGCAGCUCUUUGCCAGCUCAUUGCUUGAGGAGAAUGGGAACCUUUCCUUCACGGGUCCCUGGGCAGGGGUGGAGGAGACCAUGCCAUGCCUAAUCCAGUGCUGUGGACACUACAACCACACAGCAUGUGCAGACUGA